CGGGCGCGUGCGUUGUGCACGUUGUCGCCGCAUGUUUGCCGGGCGUGUUUGAUCGGCUACGAGCGUCUUUUCCAUCAAAGUUGUUCGUCACGUUUUUCAACUGCGCAUCCCGUGAUUAACAGCGUUAACCCGGUUAACAUCCUCAAGUCAUGACGAACUUUCUCUCGCACGGCAACAUCGCCCAGGCGGGCGAUACGUGCGUGGUGUACUGCACUUUCGCUCACAUCUACUCCAUCAAGCUCGCGCACGGCGAGGUGUUUCAGACCAAGUACGGCGCUCUAAAGCACGAUGACGUGAUCGGUCGUACGUACGGCACCAAAGUGCAAUGCUCGCGCGGGUAUGUGUACGUGCUGCGCGCUACGCCGGAGCUGUGGACGCUCACGCUGCCACACAGGACGCAGAUCCUCUACACCCGCGACAUCAGCCUGGUGACGCUACAACUGGACCUGAAACCUGGGUCUGUGGUGUGCGAAGUCGGCACUGGCAGUGGGUCGAUGACCCAUGCCCUUGCCCGGACUGUAGCACCGAAUGGUCACGUGUACACAUUCGAUUUCCACGAGCACCGUGCUCAGGUGGCCCAGAAGGAGUUUCAAGAGCACGGUCUGAACUCUGUUGUGACUUGUGCGCACCGCGACGUCUGUCAGGAUGGUUUCGGCAUUGAGGGACUCGCAGAUGCUGUGUUUCUGGACUUGCCUCACCCAUGGAAGGCUGUGGAUGCUGCUGCCUCGGCUUUGAAACCAGGCUGCGGGGGUCGGCUCUGCUCGUUCUCGCCGUGCGUGGAACAAGUGCAACGCACGUGUGAGGCGCUGCGUGCCCGUGGCUUCGUGGACGUGGUCACGUUAGAGUGUCUCGAGCGGCCUUACGAGGUGAAGCAAGUGGUCAUGGCCGACAUCCGGGAUACGUGCAGGGCGCCAUCCGGAGGACAGGCACCGAAGAAAGAAGAGGGUCCCUUUACGCAGGCCGUCCUGGUCACCGAGUUUUAUCUUCUCUGA